AUGAGCUCGACAACGAUUCCCCGUGGCCGCGCGCCUUCACCGUUCUUCCGCUACCGGCCUUUGGGCCGAGCCCCGAGCCCGCCCACCUGGGCGUGCUACGAGCAGAUCCACGCACCCGUCUACGACUCGGACGACUCGGACUCGGACGGAUCCUACGACAUGGCCUCUGACUACGAGGACGCCGCCGAGAAGAAGUCGGACGAUGAGGAGGAAGACACCCCGAUCGCGCUCGGCGGCGGUAACGAUGCCGCGGCGGUCGAUAACAUGGACGUCGACGAGGACGCGGUCGACCUGAAGAUGGGCAAGACGGACAGCAAAGGCAAAGGAAAGGCCGUCGAGACCACCAACGUCUUCCGCGCACCUCGAGCCCGCAAGGAGCGCAAGCGGCCGCAGCCCGUCGUCGCGCUCCGACCUAUAUUGACCAUUCAGCGCAGCCAAGGCUUUGUGUGGAACCAGGACCUGUUUGUCCCGCCGUACGCCAAGGAUCGAUACAUCGCCUCGACUUCUCCGCCUCAGCGCAAGGGAUUUAUCUCCUCAUCCGUCGACUCUGCUCUCAACGAGUACGAGCCGGUAGAGAUCAUCGAGAUCCAUGUCCGCGACGGCGAGCUGCAAGACAUCAUCCCUUGA